AUGGUUAGUAAGCUUGAAACAACUGAGACGUCUUCCGAUAAGAAACGACGUAAAACGAGCAGCACCAAUGCAGCAGACAAUUCCACAUCAACUGCCAAAGCAUCGAAGGAGGAUAUUUACUUGAACACUAUCGCAUUCGAAGAGCAAGAAGCCAGUAGACGUUCCUCAGCUAAUGACGCUAGCUUGUUUCAUGACACCUGUGACGAGUUACGUACAAUAUUUGCGGAUAUAGCCAAACUGAAGUCAGAAAACUCGGAUGAGGCCUUGCGAUCCAAAAUAGCCGAAAAACGCAUUGAAGGAUCUCUGGCUUUUGUGCUUUUAAAGAAGCUGAACCGCCUCGAUAAGGUACGCAUUCGGGAAGGUCGAGAUGCGUUGCAUAAGGAAAAGUUGCGCGUAGAUAGCAACCGCUUGCAGCUUCAAAAUUUGUUGUACGAAGCAGAACAUUUAAGACGUGAAGUACAACGGUGCUAUUUGUUUAAGAGCCAAGACGAAGAAAUCGAGCUCGUGCCUGUGGCAGAAUUCUAUGAAAAAGCACCGGUCUCCGUAUCGCGACCGGAGAUCACGAAAACAGAUGAACAUGCACGUCGCAUUGCUCGGUUAGAGUGGGAACUGCAGCAACGUAAAGAGCUCGAUGUCCAUCUCAAAGAAUUACAGACUCUUAAAGAGGCGGUCGAAAAGGAUAUUGUGUUUAAAACGGAACGCCUCGAUUCAUUGGCGCCUCGAUUGAGAGACCUGUUGGUAGCAACGAGACCUUUGCAGGAGGCUCUGGAAAUGCCUAUCGAGAAAGGCUGGAAAAUACAAAAAACUGUUCGAUUGUUACCGCAGCCGUUAUAUCUGCUUUAUGCCAAUGUCACUGCUUAUGGGGAAGCUUGUGAUAACUAUGUCUCCACGACAAUUCAAGGGGACGAAGAAGAAGCAAAGCAAAUGGUUAUAAUUGCAAAUGAAUACGAGCCAGGCAGCAGAUCUGACGUUGAUUCUGGAAGCAAUUCACGGGAUCGUGUUGAUUCUGAUAAUGAUGAAAAUGAACACGAAAUUGAUCGAGGCACCAAGAAAAGGCAUCAUCGUAACCUUACAAAAACAAACCUAGACGAACAAAGACGCGAAAAGCUUUUCAAACCACAUCCGUUGAGUGUAACAAUAACUAUACGCGCCAAGGAGUGUCCCCAAGCUCUAUCGACCAAUAGCAGGCCGUUGAAUCCGGCUCUGUCACUAACAUUUUCCUAUUUACCUAAUAUGCAAGUGGUUGCGAUGAACUGCACUCUGAUUGAUUUAUCCUUGUCAGGGAUAGCCGCUGGUGAUGUGCUGUCCGUCGACACCGUGCUGAAUGAGGUGUUUCCUGGCGAUAAAGGAGAAGAAACUCCAAACCCUAGGAUCAACUAUCAGCUGCAACAGCUGUCGAUCGAAGUGAAUGAAUUUGCGAAUUUGUUAAAGGAGAGGAGCUUAGGAAAACCAUUUCUUUGGGCGCAAAAACUGUGCGGACUUGACUAUACCCUGCGCAAUCCUAGAAGUAGAAGUCUUACAAUGGAUCUACCGGAUAAUAAUACGAUACAUGAAACCGUUCCAUCAAUCAUACGUCUAGUUCGCUCGCGAUGGGAAUCUAGAUUGAAGCUUUAUAAACAGAUUCAUGAUCUGGAGAGCAAAAUGAUCGAUACGUCUAUCAACGAUGAACGUGGACACCCGAUCCGUAUUUCUAGUACCGUUCUACAGUGGAGCUCAAUUUCGUUUGAAGAUUACGUUUCUUCAGGAGUCGCAAAUGUAUUUAUCGACGAUGCCGUUGCAACGGCUAGUGAUCUUUACUUCCGGGCCAUCGUGAUACGUAAUUCGGCGAAACUUGAGAGCUACAUAUGCGUACCUUGUCGCUACCCGGAAGCGUCUCCUCUAUGGUCUUUUUCAUUGAACUGGAAUGGAAAGCACACGGCGUCAUCUAACAGCUCCUUACGGGAAAUGGAGUACUGGUGCAACAGUUUGUCAGCAAUGGAUUAUUCAAAUGAUAUUUUGCCAAUGCAGUUGAAACGAGCAAUGUCCUGUCUAGAUAUAUACCUUGAAACCGAAGGACCUUAUUAUACUCCGGCUGAAUUUACUCAAGACAAAACGUUCGUUAAACCUUUCCGGGGUCGGACGAGAUCGCAACCGUUUCGAAUUGCACCGAAUGGCAGCAGUUGUUUGUUUACACAAAUAUAAGAACCGAAAUGCGCAUUUUUUUAUACUUUUUUAUUUUUUCAACACAACUGCAGGAAAAAUAAACUGAGUUUGAUCAUCGAAUGGC